AUGUCUUGUGAACGCCGAAACCAGGCCACAGCCGCACUUCCCGACUCAGCCUCCCCCUCGAGCCCCCUCACUUCCCGAUGCUCUGUCGUUCCCCCCCCUUCUCCUGCCACUGAGUUCCCCACCCAGGAAAAGGAAUCCUAUCAUACAUCCGCUCUCCAGAACCUCCACUCUUUUGACCCCUUUGCUGAUGCUAUUAAGGAUGAUGACCUGCUUCCUGCUGGGACCGAGGAUUAUAUCCAUAUAAGAAUUCAACAGAGAAACGGGAGGAAGACCCUCACUACUGUCCAGGGGAUCACAGAUGAUUAUGAUAAAAAGAAACUAGCGAUGGCAUUAAAGAAGAAAUUUGCCUGCAAUGGUACUGUAACUGAGCAUCCAGAAUUUGGAGACAUAAUUCAGCUACAGGGUGACCAGCGCAAGAACCUAUGCCAGUUCCUCAUCAAGAUUAGACUGGCUAAGGAUGGCCAGCUAGAGGUUCAUGAGUUUUAA